AUGCCGACUUCACUCCAUCCGCAAGCUAAAUUCGAUCCCAUUCCGCCAGACCUUGAUUUGUACGGCCUGGUAGAUCGGACACCGAAUUUCAAAUGGGUACAGAGAGUCUCAAGGUCUCAAGUACUUGGUCUUGGUCAGCAGGGGUUUGAAAAGCUUAUUCAAAUACAUGUUAUCGCUGGAGGGAAACCACUGGUCAUUGAUGGCUGGGAUGCGCUCUUCCCAGAGGAGCUCUUCAAUGUCAACUGGCUCGAAAAGACAUAUGAUAAAAAAGAGGAAAAUGUUCGCGACGUAACUGCCGGUACAGAUAUUCCAAUGACAACUGGACAUUAUCUAAGGUCGAUGAAGCAACUGACAAACCAAUGGACUCCACAAAACUUCCGGGAUGAGCGCCGGCAAAGACUUUACCUGAAAGACAUCGACUGUCCCGUGGAGUGGCGAUAUGAAUUGCAAACAAUUUUGCAUCCCAACUUAUUUUAUCUGAACGACAACGUCACAAAAUCAGGUUCAUCGAAUCCAACACGACGGCCUGGAGGCGAUGGUCAACAUGGCGAAAACUCCAUAGCUCCUGCGGGAGACCUCAUGUCAAGCCUACCCGAGGAGAUGCGGGCCGAAAACUUAAUGUGCUAUGUUGGUCACGAAGGCACCUAUACACCAGCUCAUCGAGAGAUGUGUGCUUCUGUUGGACAUAAUAUCAUGGUGGAGACCUCAGGUGAUAGCCCUGGAGAAAAACCCGGAAGUUCUAUCUGGUUCAUGACUGAAAGUAAAGAUCGUGAUGUGGUCCGUGAAUACUUUUUGUCGAUGUUGGGCCAUGAUAUUGAGAUUGAAAAGCAUUUUGCGCAAAUUAACGCUUGGAAGAAGGCUCCUUUCGAUGUCUACCUUGUCGAUCAGCGUGCUGGGGACUUUAUCAUCAUUCCGCCGCUGGCAGCCCAUCAAGUCUGGAACAGAGGUACUCGAACAAUGAAAGUGGCCUGGAACCGAACUACCCCUGAGACUCUGCGUUUGGCAUUGCGCGAGGCUCUACCAAAAGCGAGACUGGUGUGUCGUGAUGAACAAUAUAAAAACAAGGCGAUUAUAUAUUUCACCCUGCACAAAUAUUACCAGCUCUUGAAAGAAAUGGAAAGACAAGAAGAUAUCACCCAGAACAGCUUCAUGGGCAUUGGAAGAGACAUCGUCAGAAAUUCACCCCGGGCGAGACAGCUUGCUGGAGAUUUUAGGUCUCUCUUCAGUCUUUUUACAGAAAUACUUAUCGAUGAGGCCUUUGCAUACAACGAGAAACAAGUCGAAAGACUGCCCUUUGACUCAUGCGUCACUUGCUCAUACUGUCGCUGCAAUAUAUUCAAUCGAUUCCUCACCUGCAAAAAUUGCACAAGGGUCCUUGUUAACGGAGAUGAAGAUGCAUACGAUAUAUGUAUGGAAUGUUACGCCAUGGGAAGGUCCUGUGCUUGCUUAUCUGGUCUUCAAUGGUGUGAACAAUGGUCUUGGUCUGAGCUUAGCGGGAAAUAUGAGCUAUGGCGUGAGAUGGUCAUUGUCAAUGAUGGUUUUGUUGAUCUGCAUAGCUCACCUCCUCCUUUCGAGACGGCUCGACAAAAAUCAGCCAAGAAAUCAGUGGCGCAGAUAUGUCAGGAGGCCCUCAUCAGGCGUCCGUGGAAAGAUAUUACGAAGCAAGACGUUGGCAAAGUUGCAAGUGAUUCUGAGCAAGGAGACGUUGAGGAUGAACCUAAGAAGAAAACGAAAAGGAAGCAGAAGAAGGGCGAAGUCCGCCGAUGUCACGUAUGCUGCCAUAAGGACUACAGUUAUCGAGUUCAUGAAUGCUCGAAUUCGGAGUGUGCAGAAGCAUAUUGCUACGGUGUUCUCUAUAGAGCUUUCGAUAUGAUGCCGCAGGCAGUUUUGCAAAAUGAAACUUGGCAGUGCCCAAAAUGCUUGGGCAUUUGCAAUUGUGGUUAUUGUCGUCGGGCAGGAAACACGAACCCAUAUACACCUAAGAAUACUUCUCUUGGCCAUGAUACUCGACCAAUUGCGGAUGACAGAAGUGUUGAAGCCCUGGUUGAUUUUCGGGUGCAUAAUCUGUCAUGGCUGAAGGCUGCUGGAGAAGAAAGCCGGAGCAGAGAUAGCCGGAGAAUGCAAAUAUUGCGGCAACAAGCUGACCACGCCAAGGCACGAAGCGAGCUGGCUGAAGUCGAAAGUGAAAGGGCCCUUCUUGGAGACGGCGAUAAUUCUCAGAGGGCCACGAACACCGACCCAGAGGGUCGCGAUCCUGAAAGACAGAGUGCUCAUGAGUAUCCUACACUCGCCUUGGAGUCCGAAAAUAGCUCACGGCUAAGGUCGGAUUCGGCGGGACCACCGGUUGCGCAUAACGGCAUAUCUCCUUACCCAGAUCCUUCUGUAGCCUCAAACUAUGGUAUCGGGAUGGGGUAUUAUGAGCAGGAUGAUACACCCGACAAAAUCCUCUUCGAUCCAUAUAAAGCCCCCUCUCCUAGUGCUAUACACCUCGCCGACCUCGAAGUACCUGAUUCCGUCAAGAAGUCUAUUCGCGCUGCGAAGAGUAAAGCCAAACGGGAGAAUGAGGACCCAGAUUUCAUAGUCGGGAGAUCUAGUCACAAACGGUCACGGCAUACAAAUGGCAUAGAUAUAUUGGAUAAUUUGGAUCCAGCGCUUUUUGAUGUGGAGCCGUCGACGGCAUCAUCAAUGUUGCGUCAGAGGCGGCUGCCAUCGAGUAACACCAUUAGACACCCCGCGGAAAACCAAGAUGGAAAUCUAGAGACACUUUCAACGGAACCCGUUACCGAGACCAUGCCCACGGAACCUAUUCUUCGGCAUGCAAGGCCUCUAGCAUCAUACGUAGAAGUUGAUGAUGUUGACAUGGAUGAAGUAGAGGAGGGUGAAAUGGUUGGCGAAGGAUCUGGUCAAGAGGCCUUUUUGGACGAUAAGGCUGCGAAAGCGAUUGAAGAAGCUCGACUCUCGGAGGUUCAAAAUAGUGGACUUCAACAGGAGGCGUCGGUAACAUCAAAACACUUGGAAUCAACUCAGGGUCGGAAAAGCCGCGUACGACCUUUACAGGUCAGUUUGAGGUCUGUCGACUCUGUAUCAAUGACCGACCCGAUAAGCCCCAGGCCGGCCAUUCGCAGGCGUGGGCGACCAAGAAAAUCAACGGUUGUCUCUCUUAAACAAUCGGAUACAGCAGCAGAUGGUACAGCAGGAGCAUUAAGGGAUCAGGGUGAAUCUCUAGGCGAGGCUCCUGAUACCUCUAAUGUGAGGUCAAGCAAUUACCAGCAGUUGAAAAGCAACUCUUCAAUCGGAGCGUCUUUGCAACAACACGAGGAACCAUCAGUGCGUAGCGUUGCGACGGUCGGAAUAUCCCAAGAACGUAAUCUCAAAGAUAUUGGACGUGAACUGCGCUCUAACCCCAGAGGCAGGGAAUCACAACCAGAGGCCAAGAACCCAGCUUCUCAAGUAAGAAAUUUGAAGUCUGCAAGUCAGCCAUUCAUGUCAAUGGCGGAAAGAUUGGCUCUCAAAGGCAGGAAAUUUAAGAUCGGGAAGCGAAGAGCCGCUGCCAGUCCAUUACUGAAGGAUAAGGAUGGUGGACCACAUGUUUCUGAAGCAUCAGAAUCUACGAUUAGAGAGUCGCGUCAGGUUUUAUCGGCGGUGGCUGGUCGCACAGAAGGUAGCUAUCGUCAUCAGUCACGAAGUCGGCCUGGUCCACGAACAAGCUCGGCGGCGGCGGGACCGCUAACCAAUCUCUCAGACGAUGAGCAGGAAUCCGUCUCCAAGUCAUCAGAUAUCUCCACUACCCGGAAAACAGUUGUUAGAUUGUCGGAUAUGGUGUCUAGCGAAGACGAGCACGGGAGCACCAUAGACAUGGCGGUAUCAUCUAGUGAUGACAGCGGCGAUAGUGACAUUCCUGCAAGCGGAAUGAACAGCAGAGAACGUGCUUCGACUGAACUAGGCUAUACCCAGUCCCGUGGGGGAAGAAGGGGAGGGGGAAGGGGAAGAGGAAGGCGCAGAGGUCGCCCUCGUGGCUCGGGCCGCGGAACUAUUUCGUGA